AUGUCCAGAGAUAUACUACCCCCGAUCCUAAAUGCAGCAGAGAUGAUCGAUGAUAUCACAAACCAUUGGCAGGAAUUGACCAAUGAAAAAAAAGCGAGCUACGCCAACUUGAUCGCCAAGUUCCGCAAUCUGACUCGGCCCGAGGGUUCGAAGGCACUCGAAGUCCUCUACGAUCAUGUCACGUACACGCCGAUUCCGGACUUUCCUGCUGAUGUAGAUACAUUUUGGAACAUGUCAGAGGAAGACGUUAAUCGUAUUCUUCUUUCCGUGGGUGCAGAACUUGUUGGUGACGCAAUUGCAAGGCGCGGCCGCUUGUCCUUGAUCAUUGGAACCCGACGUGUCACUGGAUGA